AUCAGAAACACUUGACAACGAUUAACACGGAACAACAGGAGGAAAGUUGGACUACUGUAGCUUAGUCUGCUGUUGUAAGACACGUUUUAUGUUAGGUUUAGACUUUUAAACAGGUACAUAACUACAUAAAACAGCUCUCAUAGUGUGAAACCGACUCCUCUUCUUCUUCUUCUUCUCGUGUGAGUCCGUCGACGUAAUCUCGACAGAAUCAGGAAGUCCGGGGAUUUUUUUGCGAAACAUAAAAAGUUGAAUGGACAGACAGACGAUACUCCACCUCUUUAAACGACAGAUAAUGAAGAGCAACAUUAGUUAACGGUUCCUAUGAAUGUAUCGAUGUAGUUCACGUCGUUAUUACUGCUUUAUUAACGUGUUUUAGUCGCUCGUUCGUCACCCGGAACACCUGGAUCUUCACUUUCCACUGAGUGAGCGCAGAGCGGGAUGGAUGUUCCUCAACUCACUGAAGAUGAGAUGGCAGAGAUUAAAAAAGACGUGCUGACCAGACUGCGGCACUACCUCUGCGACAAGAUCAGAGCCGAGCGCCACCUCGACUACCUGCGCUCCCGCAGGAUCCUGACACGAGACGACGCGGAGGAAAUCAGCUGCAGGACCACGCAGACCAAGAGGACGGCCACGUUGCUGGACACACUGGCCGAGAACCCCCGGGGCCUGGACGCCUUGAUCGAGUCCAUCAGGGAGUUACGCUCACAAAACUUCAUCAUCGCCAAAAUCACAGAUGAGGUGCAAAGGGCCAAAAACGAGAAGAUCGAGGCUCUCAGAGCAAGGGCUUCCAGUUCCUCCUCUGACAGCAGCUUCAGCACCCCGAACACAACCAACGACAGCCCCUCAUUUUCAAGCAACUCCACCCUGCUCUUCCACCCGGACGGAGAACGAAGCCCCUCCACUUCAGAAGUAGCCGGCUCGCUCAACCUGCCGUCAUUACAGAAAGGUGGAGACUUGCCCUCUGUGACCGGUGCUAGCAUCGGCGUAGUGUCCUCCACCACCUCCUCCAGCCUCCCGAGGCCCGGAGACCCGGGUGCUCCUCCGCUCCCGGAAGAGGUCAUGGUCCAGUCACCCUCCAACAUAGAUGCCGUAGCGCCGGGGUGCACCAGCGGCGGAGGGGACCCAAACUUCCAGCCCCUCCGGUCACGUUCUCUCACUCCAACGUCCCAUAGGAACAUGUUUUAAUUUCACAUCUCAGUAAGACACUUUUCAUGCAGUUAAAGGGACGAACCAGCAGAAUCCACUCAAACUCUCUCUCAUUGUUGUCUCACACUCUUUUUGGUGGUGCUCUUGCCUUCGAUUAGGCCUGGGAUAUACUAAUCCUAUACCAAUCAGCUUUGUACGAGAGAAAAUAGGGACAAUUUGUCACUUGGGCUGGAGUAUUGUUUGAUAUCAGUGCCAAUUCAUUACUUUAGUUCUGAUACAAGGCCAAAAUAAUACUGUUGGUUCAAGAAUAUCAACCCGGUCUCACGGGUUUCACAUGUCAUUUGUACGCCACGCAAAAAAACUACUGUAACGUCCACGGGUAGGUUUAGGCAACAAAACCACUUAGUUAAGUUCAGGAAAAACAUCAUGGUUGAGCUUAAAAUAAGUACGUAAACUAAGUCAAAUGCAUACGGAUACAACAUAACAUAAGAAUGGAGAACACGUCACAAGCGUCACUAAAAAACGUGACAAACAUCACUAAUGUAACGUACAAAAAACACCGGCCUCCUGGUUAAAAGUUGUGUGUUUGUUGGACCCAUCCGCCUGCCCGCCAUAAUCUGUUACACUGUUAUUCUACGUCACUAGCUCUGAAAGUAGCCUAUUUAGAAUUUACUGUACAUUGCAGUCAGUACAGACUAUGUAGCGUACAAAUGACAUGCCAAACGCAAGAAAGGCGUUCUUAUUGCAUGCUAAAUGUCACGCCUUUUCAUGUAAAUGGGCUGCACGUUUUGCUACAAACCCCCUUUUUUUAUUAAACAAAAUAAACCACACUUCGCACAUGUUAGGAGUUAAAUAUAAGCAGGUGUACAAUAACUUUGCCUAAAUAAAAUAGUUUAAAUUGGCAAAUUAUUUAAAUGUGAAACGGUCUGAUCUAAAAAUGAAGAAGAAUAUAAAUUUGAGGAAGCAUUCGAUGCCAACUUUCAGUACUUAAUAGUUUCCGAUAUUCAAACACAUUGUGGUCCCCACUGAGGUUUGAUUCUCGUGUUAUGAGCUCAGAAAAUCUGACUCACUCACUCACUCCCUCUUAACCUUUUCUACUCCUCUUCUUUAACCAAAGGUGUGAUUUCCUGAUGAACUGUGUAGUGUGAAGACACGGCAGCUACAGUUUAGGGGCAGUGAGAAAGUUUUAUACACUGGAAUGAUAACUUGAGGAUAUAUCAUGUGUGUGUAUAAUGAGCCAGUCUGAUCUCAUUCUGUGCAGCAUUAAGUCAACAAGAAGGUGCUUUACAUUUUCAUCACUACAGAAGUCUUGAAACAUAUUGUGGAUUAUUAACAAUCUAUGUCCCACUUAUUACUUUAUUCCCUGGUCAUGUAUAAUAAUCUACUAAAGGUUUUCUAUAUGAAUUCAA